AAGCCGUUUGCCAAUUAUCGGAUAUGUUUCACUGCGGUUCCGAUUGACCAGAGAAAUGUGAUGAUUUCCCAGUUGGAGGCAUUGGGAGGCAAGUACUACCCGGAUCUAAUGACCGACGUGAACAUCUUGGUGGUUGGUAAUAAAGAUACUCCCAAAUAUAAAUACUGUGUUAAGAAUCGAAAUGAUAUAAUCUUCAUUAAUUUUAAAGCGAUUCCGUCCAUAUACCAGAGUUGGUUGAAUGACAAUAAUCAAACCAUCAAUAAUUUUUUAGAAAAAACCUUUGAAAAUUAUUCAAUAUGUAUAUCCAGAUUAAACCCCACCAACUCGGUUGAUUUACAGCUUGAAAAAUACCCCCAUCGAACCAAAUACGUGAAAUACUUGUAUGAGUUCACGUCGCUUUCGAGCUUCGUUAAUAAUAAUGGUGGCGAGGCCACCGAUGUAUUAAGAAGUUCCAUCAGUAUUAAUAUAUCAACCGAAUUAUCGGGUAAACGAUAUCAAAUGUCCAAUAAAUGGAAUAUCCCCACAGUGCAUCCCCUUUGGAUCAUAGACUCGCUCGAAAGAGGAGCGUCAUUACCGGUGGAUGACUACAUAAUAACCCUGGAGACCACCGAAUUAAACGGAUGCAAUAUCUGGGAUCAAUUAACUAAACGGGAAGAAAAUAAAUCCGAUAAACCAUUAAAGAAAAGAAUCGAUGUUUGGAACUCAAUCAUGAUAAAUAAUGAAUACAAACCAAAACAAUCUUCGUGGGACGAAAGCGAGGAGGAAGAUGAAGAACCCACCCCGACUAAAAUAGAAUCAACUAAACUAAAAUUGUUUUCUGGUUUGAAGUUCCUAAUAAUUGGUUUCACCAAUCAUCAAAUUAAAUUAUUGACCAACGUCAUCACGUCAAACGACGGGGAAGUUAAUACUACUCAAGAAAACGACGAAACGAUCACUCACAUCUUAAUCCCGUAUAAUUCCUGUUUAACCAAUUCGUCUUUCAAAAAAAUCCCCGGAUUCUACAAAGAAAAAAUUAACGAUCGGAAAAUCCUAAUUAUAAAUGAAUGGUUUAUCGAAAGAUCGAUUUUUUAUAAAAAAAUCGUUCAUGAUAAUUGGUCAGUUCCUUUCAAAUCAAUAACUCCUUCCAAUCAACCUUUGGAAAUUUGCAUUAGUGGAUUCACCGGUAUAGAAUUAUUACAUAUCCCUAAACUAAUAGAAUUAUUAGGCUUCAAAUACUGUGAAACCCUCAAUUCUUCUAAAAAUUUAUUAAUCAUCAAUAUUAAUCUUUUCAAAAAAAAAUUAAUUUCAAAUAGUCAACUCUUCAAUUACAAAUCAGAUAUCAUCAAUUGUCCCACUUAUAACGAUUCAGAUAAAAGUGUUUCUCUACUUUCUUCAACAAAUAAAAUCAACGCCGCUAAAAAAUGGAAUAUCCCAAUUGUGUCCCUAAGCUAUCUAUGGGAAAUUCUAUCUAAAUCAAAUGGUAAGAAAAAACUAAUUUUACCCGAUUUAUUCGAUUUGAAUUGGUGUAUUUUCGCUCCUUUGAAUUUAAAUAAACCAACUACUCUACUAGAAUUUGCUAGAAACUUAAGCGGUGACGAUUUUAAAACCCAGUCCAUGCCUUCUUUACCUUCUCCUAGAAAAUCAAUCAAAAACUUACAGUACGGUAAACUAUCCACUUCUUCUUCGUCAAUCAAUUCUAAAUUGGCCGAAGCAGCUCAAAAUGACGACCCGGAAAUAUCCAUCAACGAAGACCCGCCUACUCAAGUUGGAUAUCAGGAUCUAAACUCGGUUAAAAGCAACCAAGAACUACUUAAAAAGCUAAGUGAC